AUGGUACCUGUGUCCCAACUGAGCAGCACUGAUCUGCCUGUUCACAGCUUUGGACUCUUGGUCUUGUUUCUUUGGGUUUGGAGAUCUGCUGAAACAGAAGUGAUUGGCAUAAUAGGAAGCAGUAUUGAAUUGCAGUGCUCUUAUCCGGAAGCAGAAUCCUUAAACUACAGUAGGAAUCGAAUAUUAUGGCAAAUAAAAGACAGGUUUUCAUGCUUUGUAGCUGGCUAUUUUCCUAAUGAAAAUAUGGAAAAGUACCAGUGUCAAGAAUUCAAACAACGAACUCUAUUAAAUGAGCCAAAACAAGGCAGUGCUUCUUUGCAGUUAUCAAACAUCAGGAUAGCAGAUGAAUUUAUCUAUCAGUGCAUAAUACAGAAAAAUAUAAAUGGACAGUUUAAACUCAUUCAUAAUGAAUCCAUAUCACUCAAAGUGGCAGCAAAUUACAGCAAACCAGUGAUAACGGGUCCUGUUCAGCUCGGAGAAGAAGUGAUGUUUAUGUGCAAUUCAAGCCAUGGCUAUCCAGAACAAAGGCUUUAUUGGAGAAGUGAAAUAAACAACAGCACUAUGAACAUAACUGUGCAAUUCACCAAAGAGCUUGAUGGGACUUUCAGUGUAUUCAGUACAUUGAAGAUGAAAGUAGCUUCUGAUAUGAAGUUAAGGUGUACAAUUGAACAUAAGCAACUGCAUCAAAAUAUUACUACCACAAUUGAUUUAAAUAAUUCAACAAACAGCCCUAUAAUUUAUAACAAAUAUCAUGAAAGAGCUGCAACCUUCAGCAUUCCUAUUACUAUUCUCAUAAUUUUUAUUGCAUGCAUAAGUUGGAAAAUAUAUAAACAUUCUCUUCAAACAAGAUAUACCGCUCCUGUGGAAGUGGUAAGUUUCCAACGGCCAUAGACUCCCUGGAAAGAAAUCAGAUGACACUGCAGUACAACGUUGAUGAAUUCCCUCACAUAUUGGACAUAGUGUGCUUUAUGAAACUAUGAAACUAAAAACUGAACGUUCCCUGCAAAUAACAAAGUUCUAAUGAAAUUUGGCUGAAAAUCAGCUGAAGACAACUUUCAGCUGCAUCUGAAAUGGGUUGGAGAUACAGACAACCUCCCGAAUGCGAUUUUUGACAUGUAAGGGUUUUGAAUCCCUGUAUUUGUAAGCAUUUACUGUUCUGACUCAACAGUGGGCAAUUUCAGCCUUCGCAGCAUAAGGUCCAAACUUUGAUUACUUUCUUAUGCUCAUUGGAUGCCCCUCCUAAUUAGAGAAUCUAAAGACCAUAUUGGAGAUUUCAGGAGUUUACAUGUGCUACAAACAUUUUACAAGUUCUAAUGUAAAUUAUGAAAAGCACUGUUACCGAUUAUCUGGCAGAGUUCUCUCAUUAAGUUGGCCAUAUCUGAUUGACUACAUUGCCAUAUCAAGAACUAUAUGCUUCUCAAUUCUCCAGUUCCAUGUUGGAUCAUCCAAAGAGUGAUCACUGUCCCAACAUACUGUUUUUGGGGUCCCCAUUUUGGAUACACCUUAUUCCAUCGGAAGAUUUCCCAGAACAAAUACAAACACAAUGGGCAAGUCAGAUGAAGGACAAAGUAACCCAAAUGCUCUCUCAACGAGGCACUUCCACUACAUAAAGCUGUUCUGUAUCAGUGUUCCUCAACUUUUCUGGGUUGACAGCCUCUCUGGGAUGAGAGUGCCGGUGUAUGCUGUGAGCGUGAGGCAGGCUCUCAAAUGCUGGUGUAUGCCACAAGUGCGAGGGGGCUGUACCGGCACAUGCUACAAGCACGAGGGGGCUAGGAGCACUCUAAUAUUCCACUAUCCCAAUAUCCCCCCAAAAAUUUUCAUAAAAAUUAGUCAAUUCUAAAAUUAUUUCUCCAAGUCCCCUAUAUUUCUGAUCUUUAAAUACUAUAAAUUUGUACUUUUCAGUCUUUAUAAUUUCCAAUUUACCCCUUCCCAAUUGUCCAGAUUUUAAGGUAUUAUUUUUUUCCUUUUUUCCGCUUUUCAGUGUAGAGUUCCAAUAAAGUUUUAAUGUUUAAUUUGAUUUGCCUUAUAAAUCUUCAAAAAGCUCAGUAGAUAUUUCCCAGCAUCCAAAUUGUCUACUAAGAUAAAUUCAAGGUCAAGUAGCUUUCCAGAGGUGGUUCACUUUCUCUCUCUUCACAUUCCUUUGGAUUUUACAUGUUCCAGUAAUCUUCCUCCUCCAAUAAAUGGCUCCCCUGCUCCCAAAUCCAAUGUUUAACAGAAUAUAGAAAAUUGAAAACAG